AUGGAUUCCCAUGCAGCCAUCGAGCUGCUGGAGUAUUUGCGCACUGCCUACCCACCCUUCUUGCUGAUCCUCUUCGUGGUGGCCUUUGUCACCAACACCACACUCGCUGCGAAGAAAGCUGGCAAAGAUGAAUCUCAAAAACUUGGCCCGGGAGGUCGACCACUCCCUCAACGAUCACGGCGCGCACCAACCUAUCAUAAGCCCAAGGAGUUCUCUCAAAACGUCAAACGGGUUUUUAACUGCCUCUCCGCCGCCGUUCUUUUGACCUUCGUUGUGGAUGCUACAAUCUAUAUCACACAUGUGCUGCUGGCUAGAUCAGAGAAUUGGUGGCGAGGACAGUCAUUCGUGAUCUACGUCGUCGGCUCGUUCUUCGUUUAUGGAGUGCUACUAAUAUCAAUGCUCGACACAUCUCCUUCCCCUACUUUUGCUCAAUUCGUCUGUUGGUCCGUCGCCGUCCCCGUCGAAUUGGUUAUUCUUAGCACCUCCCUCUCCGUGUAUACCUCGGUCCAUCAUGAACCAGUCGUUGGUGACCCAGAAGGAGGUAGGCUCCGCAGGAGCAUCACAUUCUGGGAAUGCAUGGAGGUGGGAUCGAACAGUGUACGCAUCCUCAUUCUAUUUUCACUCGCUCUGCUCUACGCCUGUCAGUCGUUCAGUAUGAAAAGUCAUGACAAUGCAAGCCAACGGACGAGUGAAACCACCGGGCUCUUGUCUUCUGCCGCGGAGAAUGGCAAUGGAAAUACGAAUGGAACAGCGAAUGGUCAUUCUUAUGGCGCAACAAACGGUGCCGCUCACCCCGAAACCUCGAAACCUACCGAUCCCUGGGUGCGUCCGACGACGGUUCCUUCUACCAGUUGGUGGGAGUAUCUAAGCGGAUACUCGCUCUUUUUCCCGUAUCUGUGGCCAUCGAAAUCCCGGCGCCUGCAACUCGUUGUCAUGUUUUGCUUUGCGCUUCUCAUGUGUCAGCGAGUCGUCAACGUCUUGGUACCGUACCAAGUUGGACUCAUUACCGGCUCUCUUACUCGGGGCGAGGAAGGUGCGGAUUUCAAAGUACCAUGGACGCAGAUCUGCUUGUAUGUGGUUUACCGAUGGUUGCAAGGCAACCAAGGCUUGCUCGCCUCUUUACGCUCCAGCCUCUGGAUCCCUGUGAGCCAGUAUUCUUAUAUGGAACUCUCCACCGCGGCGUUCGAGCACGUCCAUGGUCUCAGCUUGGACUUCCAUCUCGGCAAAAAGACAGGCGAGGUUUUGUCUGCGCUGAGCAAGGGUAGUUCAAUCAACACGUUCCUCGAGCAAGUCACCUUCCAGGUGGUGCCGAUGCUUGUUGACCUUGUGAUUGCAAUUGUGUACUUUACGAUCGCUUUCGAUGUCUACUACGCUUUGGCAGUUGGAAUUUCCACCUUUGGGUAUCUCUAUGUCACUAUUCGCAUGGCCCAAUGGCGGGCGGAGAUCCGAAGACAGAUGGUCAAUGCGUCGCGACAAGAAGAUGCCGUCAAGAACGACUCGAUGGUUUCAUACGAGACAGUGAAGUACUUCAAUGCCGAACAGUACGAAUUCAACCGGUACCGGGGCGCCGUGCGCGACUUCCAAAAGGCCGAGUACCACGUACUAUUCUCUCUUACCCUGUUAAACACCUGUCAAAAUACCGUGUUUAUGCUGGGUCUAUUGAUCAUGUGCUUCAUCUGUGCAUUCCAGGUUGCUACCCACCAGCGCCCCGUGGGUAAAUUCGUCUCGCUAUUGGCCUACAUGGUUCAACUCCAGGGCCCGCUGAACUUCUUUGGCACCUUCUACCGGUCUAUUCAAUCGGCCCUGAUUAAUUCCGAACGCCUGCUGGAAUUGUUCCGUGAGCAGCCAACAGUGGUCGAUAACCCCCGUGCGGUUCCCUUGGCGACGUGCAACGGCGACAUCAAGUUCGAAAAUGUCGAGUUCGCUUACGAUGCACGGAAGCCCGCCUUGAACGGUCUUACCUUCCAUUGCGAGCCCGGAACCACCACUGCCUUGGUUGGCGAGUCCGGCGGAGGUAAAUCCACCGUCUUCCGCCUUCUAUUCCGGUUCUAUAAUGCCGAAAAUGGCCGCAUCCGUAUCGACGGACAUGAUGUACAGGAUAUCACAAUCGAUUCUUUGCGCAAACAUAUUGGCGUGGUGCCUCAGGACACGGUGCUUUUCAACGAGACUUUGAUGUACAACUUGAAGUACGCCAACCAGGAUGCCACGGACGAAGAAGUGUUCGAGGCCUGCCGCGCCGCCAGCAUUCACGAUAAGAUUUUAGCUUUCCCCGACGGUUAUAAUACCAAGGUCGGAGAGCGUGGUCUACGGCUGAGUGGCGGCGAAAAGCAACGUGUGGCCAUUGCUCGCACCAUUAUCAAGAACCCUCGCGUCAUUCUCUUGGAUGAGGCAACCGCAGCUCUAGAUACAGACACAGAAGAGCAUAUCCAGAGGGCGCUCGCCACACUUUCUAAGGGCCGCACCAUGUUGGUAAUUGCUCACCGUCUCAGCACCAUCACCACUGCAGACCGCAUUUUGGUUCUUUCAGAAGGCCAAGUAUCGGAAAGCGGCACUCACGAAGAGCUUCUGGCCAUGAAGGGCCGCUAUGCCAGCAUGUGGCGGAAGCAAAUCCGCGCACAAAAGGCCGCAGCAGAAGCUCAGGUUCUUCAGGACAAGGCCAAGCGAAUCCGCACUGCUACUAGCAGUGAUGAUAGCUCAAGCCAAUCGGAUGAAGAUCGCAAGGGUGCCAAGCGCUGA